AUGCUAAUCUCAAUCAAUGGCCCUGACCUUUAUUCUCCUGAAUGUAAUGAAUUGAUUGAAUCAGCUGCUCCUCUAUGGAAUAAGAAGAAAAACAGAAGGAAACUCCCUCCUAAAGUUCCUGUUGAAACAGAAUCUACAGCUUUUGUGGCAGUUCCAUAUUCAGUUGAUUCCGCUUGUCAGACAGAAGCUUGUGAGAAAGAGACUGUUACUGUGGAACAAUCCAUUUCUGAUGAAAGUCAUGUUAUAUUGGCAGUGGGUCUAUCUCAGGAAGAUAGUGAAUGUGCUGACAGUGACCUCUAUUCUGACCCUGAGUUUGACUACCUUCAAUUUCAAAAUAGAACAUACAAAUAUCAGCAAAGGUAA